CUGAUAUCAGGUACAACACAGGGUCAGUCUCUGAGAGCUUGUUUUACUUUCUUUUUGCGGCAGUGAGUGAGUGGGCCACACACAGCCCGGCAGCGUCCGUCUGCGCGCUAUCCUUGUGCCACAGCACGCCCCCCCUCUCCCCCCCAUCUCCUCCCGGAAAUACCAUAUAUGGCUCGACCAUUCGGCGAUUGGCUGCUUGGCUUCAGCGACAGUUCUGUUGCUGGAGCUCUAUUCAUAUGUAGAGACAGGUGAAAGGCAAUGUGAUACGUGAAUGACACUUAAUUAUGACGGCUUAUAAAUAAUCAGGCAGUGUGCUGGAAGCUUUGUGAAAUAAUUAAAUUAAUGCCGGAUUUUAUUUUGUGUCUAUAAAUAGAAGUUGGAACAUUAGUGCAUAAUCAUUGUUCUAAUGUGGACAGUUUGGAGGAGAAAGAAUCGGGGAAGCACCACACUGGCUAUUUUAAAACCAUUUAUUAAUGAAGCCUAUUACACUACCUCCACUUUCCUUCUAAUGCAUUGAGAGCUCGUGUUACCGUAAAUGCCCAGAAGCAUUAAACAAAGGCUAAAUGUCGAGAACAUCUGAGGGCAUGACGGGAACAUAUAGCCUGUGAUGCAGAUGCUGCAUACAUGAAGUGACGUAGUUCAUUCAUGGCGGUGGGCACCUUUUGGAGGGAGGGGUGCCACUUUCUAUGUGCACACUUUUUUAAAAAAAACAUUUGAGUUCUGAUAAUAAGCUGAAAUUAAACAUUGGGCUAGUGUUGAUUUUUACGCACUUCAGUGAUUUGAUUGUUGAACUGUAAAAAACCCCAUCUGCUAACCCCUUUCUCCAGUCACUUCUCCCUCGGUGAAAUGGUUCGGUCUCACCACACAGAUUUCAUUCAUAAAAUUCCAGCUCACUAUAAAAGGCGGGCCUCUCCACUAUGUGCACAGUUAUGAACCUGGCAAAUGGAAUAUAGGCGUCCGGGACAUCCGUUUUCUGUCUAGCACAGACUGACUGUUCAGUCUCUUAUGCGGUGAUUUAAUUUUAUUUUGAAUUUUUAUUUUUUAAUGAAACCAUGCAUCCAGACUCCAGCACUGAGUUCGACUUAUCGUCCAGCUGUAGCACAGCAUCGCCUGGCGGGGACACCCCUGGGUGCAGUCAGCAUCCUCCUGACUCGCUUUCAUCAUCAGUGGACAGCACCAAGAAUACUGAGACCAGUGCAGCAGCCUCCUUUGUUCCGACUGUGACUGCAAUCUCAACAUCGCCAGAACUAAAGUGGAUUGUGCAGCCUACAGUCAUCACAUCUGCCUCUCCGUCGCCCUGCCGUGCAAAGCCCAAAACUCAUGCAGCGACCCAGUCGUCUUCCCGGCCAGGUGCAAACAAGGCGAGAGCCAGCAACAGGAAAGGGCCGAAAGAGCAGCCUUCCAAAGAGGAGGAGGAAAGGAGGAGGAUCAGGAGGGAGAGGAACAAAAUUGCGGCAGCCAAGUGUCGUAACAGGCGGAGGGAGCUGAUAGAGACCCUUCAAGCUGAAACUGAUACUUUAGAAGAAGAAAAGUCCACCCUGGAGACAGAGAUUGCCAACCUGCUGAAGGAGAAAGAGAGACUAGAGCAUGUCUUAGCUUCCCACCAACCGUCCUGCAAACUCUCCUCAGAUGAUGACGGCAAUGGUGAUGAUGAUGAGGGGAAUGAUAAGGAAGAUGAUGUUGACACAAUGCUGCAGGAUCCACCGAACUCCCCGCAGCUGCUUUCCAUUUUAGAGAAUGGAAAAACCCCAGAGAGCAGCACAGCUGGAGAAGCCCAUAUUGGUCAAGACAUGAGCAGCGUCCCUUGCAUCCCUGCUGCAGCCAUCUUGGGAAACUCCAACAUCCUUCUGUGUUCCAGCGCAGAAGAGGAGGCUCUGGAGGAACUGAAAGGAGAUGACUUGGAUGACUUGGUGCCCAGCAUACAGAUGGAAGUGACGCCCGAGACGGCCGCAUCUGUCCCUGACAUAUUACAGAGUACUGACCUGAGUGGGCCCUUCUGCCUCUCAGACUGGGAAACCCUGUACAAGUCCGUGGCAAGCGACCUUGAGUCUCUGAGCACCCCAGUCAUGUCUUCCAGUCCCACUUGUAGCAAUUACCGCACAGUGUUUUCCUUCAAUCACUCCGAGAUUGAUUCCCUGGCUGACGGUUCCGAGUGCCUCAAAGGCAGCCUCGGUGCAUCCGAGUUAAUGAAAGAUAGUCUUAACUCGCCCACACUCCUGGCCUUGUGAAUGCAAAGAAGUUAUGCAACAAUACUGUAUUCUAACCAGCCAGCAAGCUCCAGUCGCUCUCAAAUAACCUUUUGUAGUGUGAGUUUCGAUGUCGUGCAUAUACCUGAAAAUCAGAGAUUGUGUAGACGCAGUGUUUUUCUGUGACUGUAAACACGGUUGAGUUCUUCCAUGCUGUUGCUGCAGUUGUCUGAGAUGAGACCUUGUGCUAGUAAAAUGCAUGCAAAUACAAGUCAUCUGUAAUCCAAGAAGAGAUGGUAUUGUGUUGUUAAAAAAAAAAAAAAGCUCUGCGUGUGGUCUGAAACGAGAUCCUGCUGAGUAGCUUAAUAUAUGUGUAACACUGUUUUUGACAAAGCUGUGUUGUAACAAGUGAAUUAUAGAAGGAUACUAAUAUGUAAGUGUAACAUCUUGCUGUAAGGUGCCCCCCCUCCCCCCGCCUCCAGACCUGAACUGACAUUUCCUUUUACAUUUGUUUUCCAUGAAAAACAAGAUCAUGCCAUGUAUUUUAUUGAGAUGUAUUUUAUGACAUAGUUUAUUUUUUUACUUAUGAAAAUAUAGAGAUGCAAAAAAAAUCAACAACAAACAAACAAAAUCAGAAACAAAAGAAAACUAGAAACUAGAUAUUGAUAAAAUAUGCUGGAAAUAAAAUACCACAACUGCAAUUAAUGCUGUGCUGCUGUUGUUAUUGAUUUAGAAGCAUUCAUAUGAAUAGAUAGUCAGCACCACAGCCUUGCUUAGUUGGUGACUUUACAUGAAGUUCCUCAGCAGAUGAAGAAACCAUGAGAUGCCUUAGAAAUGU